GGACCAAUCAGAAGACACCGUAUGAGCUGCUCCAGCGUCGCUCCUGCAUUUAUAAACUUUGUGCACCUUUGUACUCCAAGCUGUCUUCUCUAACAACAUCUAAGACUACAACGCCAUGAUGAUGCUGCCUCUAGCGGUAGUUACGCUGUGCCUCAGUGCAGUCCUGUCUGCUCCCACAUUAGACUCGCAGUUGGACGAGCACUGGAACCUAUGGAAGGGGUGGCACAACAAGGAGUUUCAUGUGAAGGAAGAGGGCUGGAGGAGGAUGGUGUGGGAGAAGAACUUGAAGAAAAUUGAAAUUCACAACCUGGAGCACUCCAUUGGCAAGCACUCAUACAGACUGGGGAUGAAUCACUUUGGAGAUAUGACUCACGAGGAGUUCAGGCAGGUGAUGAACGGCUACAAGCCCAGGCAGCAGAGGAAGACCAAGGGAUCCAUGUUCAUGGAGCCCAACUUCCUGGCUCCUCCCCCCGCCGUGGACUGGAGAGAGAAGGGCUACGUGACCCCCGUUAAAGAUCAGGGCAGUUGCGGCUCCUGCUGGGCCUUCAGUACCACCGGGGCUCUUGAGGGCCAGCAGUUCAGGAAAACCGGCAAACUGGUGUCCCUCAGCGAGCAGAACCUUGUUGAAUGCUCCCAGGCAGAGGGAAACGAGGGCUGCAACGGAGGACUCAUGGACCAGGGCUUCCAGUACGUGGAGGACAACGGCGGCCUGGACUCUGAGGAUUCCUACCCUUACCUCGGAACUGAUGACCAGCCUUGCCACUACGACCCCAAAUUCAACUCGGCAAACGACACUGGCUUUGUGGACAUUCCGAGCGGCAAGGAGCGCGCCCUGAUGAAGGCCGUGGCCUCCGUGGGACCUGUGUCCAUCGCCAUCGACGCCAGCCACGAGUCUUUCCAGUUCUACGAAUCAGGUAUCUACAACGAGAAGGCGUGCAGCAGUGAGGAUCUGGACCACGGUGUGUUGGUGGUCGGCUAUGGCUUCGAGGGCGAGGACGUUGAUGGCAAGAAGUACUGGAUCGUCAAGAACAGCUGGAGCGAGAAGUGGGGAGACAAGGGCUACAUCCUCAUGGCUAAAGACAAGAAGAACCAAUGUGGAAUCGCAACGGCUGCCAGCUACCCCUUGGUCUAGCUGCCACAGCGUUUCAGUGGUGAUGAACCAAGCAUUUUGAAAUGGUACUUGCUGGAGAUGGCCAUUCAACAAAAAAAAUUAAGUGUUUUUAAAUCAAGCUUAAAGAAGGCAGGAAUAACUUUGUCAGCUUAAUACACUGUCAUGUAUCUGCAUGUUUUACGGAGAAACGAUGGUUUUAGGGAAUGCCAUUUUAUAAUGGCUUGAUUUUAUGCCACUUUAUUCAUUCAUGAGUCUUUGUAAAUAUGUUUGCCUACUUUCUAGGCAUUUUCUUAACCCCUUACCUUGUCCGUUCCAUAAAUGUUCAAUUCUCUUUUUUUUUUUAUUACUUUUGCUGUGAUCAAUUAAAUUUGUGGAACUGUGGUUUGACUCUGGUUUUCCUUCA